AUGCGUCCCCUAGGAAAGAACCAGUCAUCACCCGUGAAGCCCAUUCUACGGAUUGCUCCACUUCGUCGUGCACCUGCAGGAUUCUCCGGAUCAUCUAACCGCAGUAUGGCAGCGUACACGACUGCUGUCCACUCCAAGCGUGGCUCGCGUACCCGACAUCACGGCGCCGCUACAAAGGUCGACACCAUGCCCUCGGAUCUCGCCGCCGGCAAGGCCCUCUCUCUAUCUGCUAUCAACGCUCGAUGGGAGUUGACCAUGGAUCCGUCCGAUGUGGUUGACGUGCAGGACGUGUCGUGUGGUCAUGCCUUCCAAGUUCCGCCGUGGUCCGCAGCCCCAAGUCUUCACGUUGUCGGUGGGCCCCCAUUGCAACCACCCAGCAACCGGUUCGGUUCGCGGAUGAGCUACAGCUCCGAUGGGGUCAAUUGCCGGCUAUCAUUGGCCUGUCCGUCCCUUCUCGAAGGCUCCAACUGCUCAGUCUCCGCUAUCAGCGCGGAUCCUUCCUAA